UUCAAAUCUCGUCGUGGUCGUGGGAGUCUAUCCCACGCUCAUCAUCACGGUUACAAGUACCGGCGAAGGCACCAUAUCUUGUCGUCAAAAGUACUCCGUUCAUAAAUCUGAAUAGCUCCCACAGAAAUAAACUCAAAGAUGUUGUUAUAGGUACGCCUUGUACCAAGAACUGAUGAAGUCUGGCCGGCUUCACUGCCAUCUGUGGACGACGUUUGAAGAAUAUCUGUGUAUUCAGAAUAGCACAACCCCAUCCCCGUCUUUACCCCGAAUUGCAGUUCAAGACUCCAAAUCAUUGAUACCAACCGUCCAAAGUCAAUAAAGGAGCAUACGCACAUCUUUAUCCACAUCCAUCUGUCAUGUUUUACUGACUGAUAUUGACCGUUUGCCGCAGAAACGGGAUGACAGCAGGUAAUAAAAAGUUCGGAGCUGGCCGUCAAUGGUGUAGUCUAAAAAUCCAAUAUGGGCAGUUCCCUGCAAUUGGGCCCUCGGUUCUUCUUAACCUUCAUGCCCCCCUCACUGGCCUAACAUGCUCUUUGGAAUAUUAGUAUCAUUAUGUUUGUCUCUAGAAGCGACUGCACUACCGUCAUACGGAAUCGCAAGUCUCCCGACCCGGAUAACCCUCGAUCGACCGUUGACCCUUACAUGGUUUCGAGAUAGCGGCGACCAGAUCACCACACUCGAAAUUAUACCAGUAGUUGAAGGAGGAAAACCCGUCACUUCUUUCAGAGAUAAUCGCAUACUCGUCCCUGUCGGGACCGAAACUCAGGGCGACAUAACCAUAACUCCCACUGUUACUGGUCUAUAUGGAUUCAACCUUCAGGCAGACCCUACAACUCCCCCCACGGUUGAGACAAGUGUCGCUUUGCCUGUGAUGACACUGUUAUUUGUCAGUUCGGCCGCCUCGAGCUCUCACCCACAUACUACCGGAACUCAUACAACGCCGCCCCCGACUACUUCAACCACUGCAAGCCCCUCAGUCCCCACAACUACUUCCUCACCCACGAAGAAGCAAAACUCGGUGCUGAUCGUCGCUCUCAUCGUCGGACUCGUCGCUGGAGUAAUCCUCCUCUUACUCGUUGCGUAUUUCAUUUGGCGCCGAAAACAAUCAAAAACGACGCGGGUCGUGGAAUAUGGUCCACUCGCAAUUACACCCUUUCAAGAAGCAAUAACAACGGGAUAUCCUUCUUCAGCUAAAAUCCUCACCGAAUGCAAAGGCCCAGGGCCGAGCGGUCCAGCAUCCGCAACGACAAUGUCGACGACAAGCUACACUUACAAUGGCACUACAUCGCCAUCACGAACUGAGACUCCCCAAGAUUUAUACCAAGGAACGAGCGACUCAAUACCUUGGGUGAGAAGAGAACAGGAUGGUGGACGUGUACCCGUUGAAGAGGCGGUGACCGUGCUUCCACCGCAAUAUGAUAUUCGAUGGUGUAAUAAUUCGUGAAGGACUUGUAUAUGAUAAAUCUGAUUAAUUGUUAUUAGUAUUAGCUUG